AUGUACGCAGCAUUGAUUGUGUCGUAGAAGUCUCAUCACGGGUCCAUGAGUGCACCACCAGCCCUUUCGCCCAAGAGCUCAACAGAGACUCCCGCACGCACAUGUACAGAAGUUUAGCUCUGUUGGGUGUCGGCAUGGCAUGAGAGGGGAGAGAGAAGACAUGCACACAUUCAACCGUCACACCAGCACUGACGUAUGCUUGCAUACAGACAGAUAGACAGGCCCGACCCACCAAAGAGAGGUGCACCACGAUCACACAUCGCGGCUGCAGACACCAGCCAGCUGUCACGCUCCCGGCUGCUCAUCAGGAGGGGAAGGUCGGCACGAACUGCAUGUCGUUGUCGACAUCGAUGGUGUACUUGACGAUGUGCUCGUCGAUGUACUCCUGCAUGCCGCCCUGAUAGAAGCCGAUGUGAUCGACGUCAUUGCAGCAGAGAAAGGCACGGUGCCCCUUGGCGAGCUCCAUCAUCAGUUCGAUGUCUGAACAAUCGUUUAAACACGCAUACACACACAUGUGUGCGUGAGUGGGCGCGCGUGUGUGGGUGCGGUGCGCAUUUCACCGGAUCCUUUCAUCCUCGUUCGGCCGAUGCUGAUGGUGGGGUGGUACGUCGACUGCUCGGGCGCCACGUGAACAUGCACCUCUUCGCUCAGGUGCAUCUCGGUCACUUUCUGACACACAAGACACACACCCACAUUUACUCAGACAGACAGGCAUCACAUCACACGGGUCCGACGCAUGGUUUGCUCACGUACCUGCAGUACUUCCAUGUUUUCCUCAUGGGCGGUGGGGCAGAGAUCCUCACAUGCGCGCGUGUCGUUGUACAACCAGUGGGGGAAGAAGACCUGCACACGUUUUUGAUCCACUUGCAUAUUGGGCAGCCGCGUGUGCUUUGUGCGUGUGUCGGUCGUCGUACGAUGGGAGUCAAUCCCCGCCGCCGCAUGACAUCGAUGGCCCUCAGAACGCCGAUCAGCAGCAGCUUGUCCCCGAAUGCAGCAUCUCGCUGCCUGACGUUCUGCGCGUAGUUGUACGCCACGUCCGCAGCGUCAAUCACCACAUGCGUCACACUCAUACCCUCAUCACCCUGAACCGCAGCAAAAGGACAUUGAGCCCACAAAAAUGGCACCAUUGAGUGGCGUUGGCUUACUGAAGGCAUCGGCUGCCUCAGGUCCACUUGAGGAGUUACCUCAUUGGCCGCUGCUGCUACCGCUGCCGCUGGUGGGGGUGUAUCUGGUGGUGGCUGGGAAGGGAUCACGUCAUUCGAGGCGUCGUACCACUCCUCGUCGAGGGCGUUACCAGCGCUGCCACCGCCACCACCACCAGCACUGGAGCAGCACAAUACACGCACACGCAUAUCCUGAUGCCGUCUGUUCGUCUCUUUCCUCUUUCGCACCUCUCGGCGUUGCCAGGAUGCGGCACGUCGUAAUCUAGGGGCAGCAUGAUUCUCCUGCACGACAGCAGCCAAAAGCGCUGCUUUCGCGACGGCUCCUUCGCACCAUCGUAGCCUGAACGAACACACACAGCGUCACAGAUCAAACGCAUGGUCAGAGUUGUCCUCUGCUUACCCACUGCAAUGCGCUCUGGCCAGUGCAUGCGCAUAUCGACUCCAUGGAGCUCGAAGUCCGCGUGGCCCUGCUCCUCCUGCUCAGCCGACUCGAUGAUGGUCGACUCCAAAUCGCUGAGAAAAACACACCGCACACAGCAGUGAAGAGAGCAAGAUGAUGGUCUCGGUGGAUGAUCAGGAGCUGCGUCACGGUGUCGUGUGUGUUGCUGGGAGCGCGGCCCAUGCAAUGCUCAUCUCUGACUGACCCGAAAGGAUGCCAUGUCGGUCCUCCGUCGUACGAAUACUGCCACUGCACCGUCAUGCUCACGCCUUUGAAUGCAAAUAAACUUCAAGUUGACUCCCU